AGAUAUAAAAUUAUACUUUGUCUACAAGAAAAGGCUGCACAAAAUUUUAUAUGAUCUAUUUAAAAUUUUUAUUACAUUAAAAUAAACGAGAUAUAAAGUGAUAAAUUUAAUUUAUUUCUUCCUUAUAUCAAAAUAAAAUGGGUUAUGAUUGUAUAACAUAGCACUAGUACUAAUAUUUUUGUUACUCGAAUGUGAGUGGAUUCUAAACCAAACAAUUCUUAUAUCUCUUCGAGAAAAUUAAAAAAUAAUUUAGAGAAUAGAGGCCCAAAAAUAAUUUGACUUAAAAAAUCCACCUAUUUUGAAGGCCCCAAUUAUACAUAUAAAAUUUUGUACGAAAACUUAUCUAACGAAAUGGUAUGGUCCGAUUUUCGGCUUCAACGGUCUCUGAAAUUCAGGCGCCCAAACCCUUCAACUGUAAUUCAAAUUUCACGCCGCUGGAACGAUGCUUCUCUCUCUUGAAAUCCUGUUCUUCGCUCAAACAAAUUCUGCAGAUUCACGUCCAGUUGAUCAUAUCCGGCCUCUAUGGCAAUUCCUGCUUCACUGACGAGAUCAUCCUGUUGUGCACUUCCGGUUCAAUUAGGGCGAAACAUCAAAUUGAUUGCAUAAAUCAUGCUCACCGUGUUGCUAAUUUCUAUCAAAAGUUGGAAUCCUCUUCAUGGAACAGUGUGAUUAGGGCCUACGCCACCUCCAAUUCCGGCUCGCAGCGAGAGGCGAUGAGGGCUUUUCUCGAUAUGCGGCGUAUUGGAGUUGGACCCGACGAGCAUACUUUCCCUUAUGUGUUUAAGUCGUGCGCUUCGUUUUCCGGCUUGAGUGAGGGGCGGCAGGUUCAUGGGGAUGCGCUGAAGCACGGUUGCCUUCUCAAUGUGUAUGUGCAGAACUCCAUGAUUCAUUGUUACGGGUUUUGUAAGAAGCUGAUGGAUGCGUACAGGGUGUUCGAUGAAAUGACUCACAGAACUCUCGUCUCCUGGAACUCGAUGAUGAAUGUCAAUGCGGAGUGUGGUUGGUUUUAUGAUUCGGUGGAGCUUUUCUUUAAGAUGAGAAACAGUGGAUUUGUGCCGGACGAGACAACAAUGGUGAUUGCGCUGUCUGCCUGUGCAGAGAUUGGGAAUUUGAGCUUGGGAAAGUGGUUGCAUUCUCAGGUGAUUGAGAAUGGUAUGGUUGUGAAUUGUCAGCUGGGAACUGCUCUUGUCGACAUGUAUGGGAAAUGUGGGGAUGUUGUUUAUGCUAGUUUAGUUUUUGAUAGGAUGGUUAAUCGAAAUAUCUGGACAUGGAGCUCUAUGAUCAUUGGGUUUGCGCAGCAUGGGUUUGCUAGACAGGCCCUCGAGAUAUUUAGGGAGAUGAGGAAUCAUUCGAUAAAGCCUAAUCAUGUGACUUUUCUUGGAGUUCUUUGUGCGUGUAGCCAUGCCGGGUUGAUGGAGGAUGGGCAGCGUUAUUUUACAGAGAUGGAGCAAGUUCACGGGAUCAAGCCCAUGAUGGUGCACUAUGGUGCCAUGGUUGACAUGUUGGGUCGUGCUGGUCAUCUUAAAGAUGCUUACGACUUUGUAAUGGGCAUGCCCGUUGAGGCCGAUGGUGUUCUGUGGAGGGCAUUGCUCAGCUCUUGUCACAUUCAUGACGUAAAUGACUGCAGCGGGGUGAGUGAGAAGGUGAGGGAGAAGCUGAUUGAACUGGAACCAAAGAGGAGCGGAAACCUUGUGAUGAUCGCAAACAACUAUGCUGAAGUGGGAUUGUGGGAGAAAGCAGAGGAUCUCAGGAGCAAAAUGAGAGACAAAGGGUUGAAGAAGAUAGCUGGAGAAAGCUGUAUUGAGAUAUCAGGUACCACUUUUAGAUUCUUGUCGGGAGAUAAUUCUUGUUUUGCGUGUGAGGAUAUAUUCUUGCUGCUGAAAAUACUUAACUUGCACAUGAAGAUUAUCUGUUUGGACUGAAGUUUGAUCUCAUAUUUGAAUGCAAUCUGUGUAAAUGUGUUUUAGUAA